ACGGUCUUUAGUCGCCUUCCAGCCACCGCCCCAGGUAAACCAUAUCUAAACUCCAUUUCCUCAUCUCGUUUUCUGAUUCUCAUCAGCGACUUAUCUCGUCAACAACUUCCAAAAGUCUCGAAAUAAUAAAAUCAUUUUAACUCUUUGCUCCUUUUUAUUUUAAAAAAAAACAAAAAAAAAAAAUCAAGAUGUUGAUUGGUCUCGUACGUGACUCCGUUUUGCAAUGCUUUUGUCAUGGUUGCAAAGCACCAAUGGGUCUCGUAGCGGGACAAAGAAGGGGUUCGGCACCAAUGAAGAAAACGAACGGAAAGGGAAAGCCCCGAACUAAACAACCAAAAAAAGUCAAAUUUAUCACUACUGAAAUUCGAUGCCAAGAGAAGUCAAAGGGUGGAUUGAGAUACGAGGUGAUCCUGGCUGAACCAACGGUUGCCAAGAGAGCGCCAUCACCACCUCAAGCAUCACCAACUCAGGAGAUAAAUAUCCAGGAAAAAUUAAAGGCUGCUGAAGAGAGACGACUCUCCUUAGAGGCUAAUAAACUUGCAGUUUUGGCAUCUCGCCUCAGCAAGAUCGAAGAGGCUGCUCGUAAAAAGGAUGAGUUGAGUGCCGCUUUCAUAGCGGCGACCCGCGAAUCACUAGAUGCCAAGAUGAAUCACACUGUUGAAAAUCGAGAAACUCACAUCACUGAGUUAAAGAGCAAAUUGAAGGAUCAUUUGGAAAGCGUUGAAAAGACUCGAUUGACUUUGGAUCAACAAACUGAAGAAGUUCGUAGUGCGCUUGAGGACAAAUUAAAGUCUGCUACAGCUCAACGAGAUGAAAAUCUGAAGAAAAUGGUGGACCGUUUAAAAGAUCAUGAAGAACAAGUGGCUCGCGUGCGCAAAAGUAUGAACGAAAAAGUUUUGCAAUUGGAUAGUCAAAUUCAGGGAAAAUUGGACCAAGCUCGUGAACGACGUGAAAAUCGUGAACGCGAAACGAAAGAGAGACUUCGUAAUCAUGAGGAACGCGCCAAGAUAGUGAGACAAAAUAAAGCAGCCAGGGAGGAGAAUAAGAAGGCGGACAAUGAAAUUGUAAAGAACGAGAUUGCUAGCUCUGGUUAAAAACUUAUCUAGUGGUCCGGCACAUAAUAUUAAGUUAUCAUUCCAAGAAAAUUGCAGAUAAUGAUACUGCCUCCUUUUUGUUUUUCUUCACCGCCUUAGCGUUUUCAAACCAAAAAAAAAGAAGAAAAAAAAACUAAUUUAGCCGAACCCUGUCAACACAAUGUUCUAAAAAAAUUAAUAAAGUUCAUUUAUAAAUUACACGAAAAGAUGUUUAAAUAGCAUAUUAAAAAAAAAAAUGAUGCCCGAUAAUCGGGUAAAGCACUUUUCGCAAAAGUUGCCUUAAAAUUAUUUUAUAGUAUGACACAAGUAGCAAAAGAGUUUAACUUCUAUUUUUACAAUUACUAUUAUAAAAAUGCUAAAUUCCUUACAUUUUGUUUUUACAAAUAAAUGCGAUGGCAGCACAAAUAUUAAUAAAAUUUCGCUUUGAAAGCAAAAUUUGAUUGGUGUGUAUCAGGAAGAAGUGAAAAAUAGAACAAGGAAAAGAGAAAAAAAAUCUUUUAAAAACGAAAACCCCCCUGAGAAACUCAAUUAGAAAACAUUAAGAAUUAAUAAUAGAUUAUCAUCGCUACAUUUAUACAAUAUAUCAUAUAAGAUUUAUUAACGCAGUUAUAUGAAUAUAUUUCAUCGAUUUGCACGCGCGAAAUGUGCAUUCGCAGUAAUUAUUAUUAAAUACUUCAUAGAGCUUCAUCUUAGGCUUUCGAAUCAUUUUGUACUUGAUCAUUGUAAUUGUACUGCGCUAAUAAGAAAAAAAAAAACUUUAUUAAACUGAUGAUAUGCAGUCUAACUAACAAUUAAACUAAUAUUAUAAUGCUUCUGUGAUGACUUUACUAAUUGUCAAAUUGUCUAUUAUUGGAAUGAAUUGUUUCUUAAACAAGGAAUAUAUCGUGGUUAGAAUAUUAAAGGACCACUUUCCAAGAAAUAACGUGUAAGUGAUAAAAGAAGUGUGUUAGAAUAUAAUUUAAACGCGCUCAGGUAUCACAUUUUUUCAAGAGUUUUAUAAAGACCAAAAGAAAAGAAAAAAUUCCUCAAUCUCUAAUCACGAUAAUAACGUUUAAAAGUUACUUCAUGAUGAAGAUAUAUCAUAACAUAUAAGAAGAAAAAUAUAUCUCCAGUUUCAUAUACAUAUAUAUAUAACAAAACAACGCCUACGAGAAACUCCCCAGAGGAUUUUCAAAAAUAAAAAUUAUUAUUUGGCUAUAUAUUAAUAACAUAUGGUAAAGAUUCAAGACAGCAUAUACACAAGUAUUGCACAUUAGAUUAUUUUUUAUAUCAAAUUUUGAAAAAAAACCAAAGUAUUAUUAGUCUUCAAAUUUUUGUUCUUAAUGUGUGUCAAAUUAUUCACAUUCUUCCAUGCUACUUUUGAAUAUAUUGUUUAAGCUGGAUAUUUAAAGAUGAAAAAAAGGCACUUGUGUAAAAUUAUCUUUGAAUUUGUAACGUUGCAUAGUUGUUGUGAUCAUUUACAAAGCCUAAAUUACAAUUAUAAGUAUUAAUAAUGACCCGGCAUACAAGUAUGUUAUGAUUGUCUUUGACUUGCAAUGCCCAUAUAAGUCUAUAAUAUACAUAUAUUUAUAUGUGAUGAUUUAUAAUAAUGGUUAAACGUUGUUCGUAUGGUUUUUAAUGAGCUUCAGUAUCGUACUAAGUGGAAAAAGGUUGAUAUGAAAAGUUUAAUGCGAGAGUCCAAAACUUAAUAAAAUACACGUUCAUAAAAAUA